AGAGCACUGCAAUCCCAAGGCCCUAGAAACACUGAUGCUCUUUCUUGUUUGUUUAUUUGUUUGUUUAUUUAUUUAUUUAUUUAUUUAUUUAUUUCAAACCACCCUCCCCAAGCGAUGUGCCCCUGUCGCCUUGUGUGUGCACUCAGCUGGCUGGUCACGCAAACGCAUGUCCCAACUCUCUCUUUCCGAGAACCCCCUCCAAGGGCCGAAUGCUCUUCUAACACUUCUUUCUAAUUUUAACUCUUUUUUUUUUUUUCGUUUUUCCUCUCUGCUACUGAAAUUAUUGUUCUCAAUCACUGUUGGUCUUGUUUAAUGUACAUAUAACACAUUGGUUAUAACAAACAGUACGUGCUAUGUGGUGUUGACAGUGGUGUGUAACUCAGGCUCAGGAAGCUAAUACUCCUGGCUCAUGUUUUUAUAUGAGCAAUCUAUUCAAAUGAAAAUUAAACCAAUCAGUGCCGGUCAGAAAAUGGACAAGACAAAUAUUUAGAUACCAGCAGCCUUAUUCCUAGAUACGUCUUGAGCCUGUUGUUAUUCACCGACAGACGCGGAAAACUCCAAAAUCUUCAGAAAGUCCUACCAUGGUUCCACCUGUACUCUUCACACAGGGCAUUUCACUCAUUAGAUCUACCUGGCUGAAGAGUCAUGCUUGGAAUCGGCUGACUCGGCGAAUGGUUGGAACAAACACGUGGCAGGACUUUUGCUUUCUGAAGCCAGUGCUUUUUUCCACCUCUGUGCACAAUCACCACUGAGACGUUUGUGUGUGUGUGUGUGGUCGCCCAGAUGUGGCAUCUCUGUCUGUGUGCGUGUCUCAUUGUGUGCCCCUUUCUCCCAGGGUUUGAUACUUUAGGUGACCUGCUUAAGCCCACAGUGCCCUCUCACAACCAGGCCCCGCCGCUGUCUCUCCACACCGGGGGCAAGCUGCUCGCCAACGACCUGGACUCCUCCCUGGCCAACCUAGUAGGCAAUCUGCAGUUUGGAGGAACACCAGCCAAAAAGUAUGCGCAUGCGCCUGUGUGCGUGUCCAUUUUCAGGCCUGAUAUGCAGUGGAACCAGCCUAUGGAGAAGAAGCUGACGGGGGGCACCAACUGGCAGUCCAAGACCAUGAGCAGCACCACCGCCUGGAACCCUGCACCCAUGCCACCUGCACCCAUGCCUGUGCAACACGUGAAUGGAAUGUUCUAUACUGGUUAUGCUCCAGCACCGAUGGCAUUUCCCAUGACGACGCCUCAAGUGCCUGUGUAUGGAAUGGUCCCCCCUCACAUGGGCCAGAUGAGUGGGGUGCCCGUGAUGACCCCCCAGCCCAUGAUGUACAACCAGCCUGUCCUCAGACCUACCAACCCCUUUGCCCCCAUACCCGGAGCCCAGGACUCCACCCAAUGGAAUGUGGACAGCGUAAAUGAGAUGCAGUUCAUGUAGUACCGAUGAGGCGUCAGCGUGUGCCAAAAGUGACGGCAAAACCCGCAGCACGAGCAAGAGAGAGAGAGAGAAGAGGAGAACCUUUCAACACCAAAUACCGGAGGAGACGAGUCUAAGAUGAAGCCCAGGGGAAGGAGAAAGAAAGAGGGGGAGAGGGAGAGAAAGAAACAGAGAAAGACAAAAAAGGUCCAAGGUGGGAGAUGGGAGAAGUGUGUGUGUGUGUCUGUGUGUAUGUGUGUAGAAUAGUGUGUGUAUACUUGUGUGUGUGUGUGUGUGUGUGUUUAUACAUGUGUGUCUUACCUGUGCACCAGCCUGAAACAGCUCUCCCAGAUCACACACACAUAAAACAGUACACGCGCUGUGUCAGGACCCGUGUUGGUCCAAUACCAUGCGUUCUAAAUGGCGUAACUUUAGGAUAUUUGAAGUUUCAGGAAAUUAUCGCAGCACUGAGGUCAUUUCUAUCUUGGCGGAGUAACAUUUGUGCACUGAGCAUACAUUUUGUAAAUGUAUAUUUAAGGCUGGACCCAUUCAGUGACUUUCUUAUUUCUUUUCUCCGUCUUCUCUCUAGGUCGUUUUCAGGUCAUUUGCAAUGCUUUUCAUUUAGUUUCAUCAUCUUUCGCACAGGAAGCUAGGUGUGUCUCCAUCUUGGUUGAGUUGUCAGGGUUUCUGCAUUCUAUUGCUUUUCCCAUCUUAAGCAAUCAUGCAAACGAAAACGGAAUGUGUGCUUGCACAUUUUCCCAAAAAACAAACUUGCAGUGCUUGACAUGCAGUUACGUAAGAUCUUUCACUAGAAUGAUCUACAAGUCAUCCCUUGUCACCUCCACCCAAACUACCCUUAAUGAAUAGUUUGACCUGAUGUCCUCAUGGUGAAAGUGUGUCUUUGAAAAUCCCAUCAGCCAUGUUCAACCAUAAAUCACUUCUCUGUUGCUGUCCAUCUGGUACAUUGUAAUGUGCUCUCUUACUGUAUGUGUGUGUGUUUGAGCAGGAGAUGCUGGACAAUAGGAGGUGCUGUUUCAGACUUGGUGAAGGUCACGCACACACACACACACACACACACACACACACAUUCCCUCACACACGUAUGCGUAUGGACACAUACACACACAGUUCCAGAUACACUAAAAACGUGCACACACACACACACGCACAGCAGUUGGCUUAAAGACUGGAUGUAAUGUCUCUCAUGACCUACAUAAAGAGCAUGUUUUGCCCAUCUCCUUCCUCACUGGCCUCCCUUGUUUUCUUUUUUCUUUUUGUUUGUUUGUUUGUUUGUUUGUUUGUUUAUUUAUUUGUGUUUGUCGCCAAAGGCAACCGAGAAAUGUUUGUAAGCACUCUGUGUGUGUGUGUGUGUGUUCCUCCUCUUCUGCUGUCUCCUGUGAAGCGUGUAGCACCGUCAAAAAAAAAAAAAAAAUUGUCUCCCAAGAAACAUUGUAACCUGUUAACCCCUCCCGGCUCCCAAUUUCACUGUAACAUUUUCAGCCAUAGCCAGAGUGAUAGAAUGAGAGAGGGGAAGAACAG